CAGCGUUAUCGCGGCCGCGGGACCCCGCUACCCCAGCCCAGCCGCGGGUGCGUGCAGCCAGCUCGCUCGGCAGCUUCCAGUGCCGGGCCUUGGGGCAGAACGCUGACCGGCCACGCGCCGCCGGUGCCCCGGAGCCGCGGCGGUGAGCGCGACGCCAUGGCGCUCAACGGCACAGCGGAAGCCACCACGGCCGCGCUGCCAGCGCCCGACGACGCCGGCAACGCCAGCAACGUGACGUUCGUGAUGUACUCGUGGGGAGACGCUAUUCAUCCCAGCGGCUAUUCGACGCCGCGCAUCGUGCUGACUGCGAUUGCAGUGACGCUCAUCAUGGUGGUGGUGGUGGUGGGCAACAUGCUGGUCAUCAUCGCCAUCGCCACUGAGAAGGCGCUGAAGGGUAUCCAGAACUGGUUCAUCGCCUCGCUGGCCGUGGCGGACUUUCUGGUAGGCCUGGUCAUUAUGCCGUUUUCGCUGGCCAAGGAGCUGAUGGGCUACUGGAUCUUCGGCGAGCUCUGGUGCAGCCUGCACGCUGCCAUCGACGUGCUGGUCUGCACCAGCUCCAUCAACAACAUCUGCCUCAUCAGCCUGGACCGGUACUGGUCCAUCACGCAGGCGGUCGACUACCUGAAGAGCCGCACGCCGCGGCGCGCCGCGCUCAUGAUCGCCUUCGUCUGGCUCUUCAGCGCCCUCAUCUGCAUCCCGCCUCUGCUCGGUUGGAAGAAGACGCGGCCGCGCGCCCAGUUCCCGCAGUGUGAGGGUCAGUCUGUUAGUCUGUAG